UGCAAGAAGUUGCUCAGAUACAACGGAUAUCCGAAUAAGGUCCUUUUGUUCCCCGAGGAGGGUUGGGCGAGAAGCGCGAGUAGUUCCUACUGGACCCUGACGCCGUUCUGGUGGAGUCGGAGCCGAUGCAAGGUCGUCGAAGUCGCUGGAACAAGAAGGUAUAGUACUCAGGCGAAAAUGGUGGACACGGGUACGGGCACACUUUAUAUUAUCGGCUCGUUCAAGAGAAUGACUACCGACCCUGAUUUUAAGCUGUACCUGACGUCGAACGUUUCGUCGAGCGACUUCAACAUGGGCUACAGUAUGACGGGCACGCUGGAGCGCGGCUGCAAGAAGACCAACUCCUUCCAGAUGACCCACUUCGCGGUGAUACGGCGGCGGGACUACGAGAAGGCGUACGAGGACCCGAAUCCCACCUAGUGUCCGUCCACACCCACGCUCUCCGAGUGUGGGGACUGCGAGCAUUACACGUAGCUGUGGGGGCAAGGGGCC